AUGAAGCUCUGGGCCACCAAUGAGGUUCGCGCCAAGUCCAAGUUCUGGUAUUUCCUGAGGAAGCUGAAGAAGGUCAAGAAGAGCAAUGGCCAAGUGCUUGCCAUUAAUGAGGAGGCUGCGUCAGAGGCAUCCCCUCGAAAUGACCGGCUGAUUUGGAGAUGUGACAUGAAGCAGAAACAGGGAAGGAAAUCUCAUAUGAAAUGGGUAUUUUAUGUUGGAGUGAUAGGACUUUUGGUUAAAUCCCAAGGAGGGAAUGCAUUCUUUGCCAUGGUUCCCGGACAGGUCUUCUUGGCUUCCCUUGAUGCUAUCAGUAAGUUGAUUAGGGUUCUAUAA